GUCAGUGCCACCUCCCGUCAGCUGCACUGCACUGCACAGCCAUGGAAAUCCAGCUGGAAAACCGGGAUUGCAUCACCCAACCCUUCCCCUCGGAAAAAAUCCCGAGCCACCCCUCCAGCCCACAGCAGCAGGGAGGAUUUCACCCUCCGUCAUUACAGAAUAUAUUUUAUUUAUGGAAUUUUACAAAUAUCUGUACACUCCACGUGACAUCUUUAAGUUAACGCUCCUCGUUUUCGGCGCGUCCUCUCCUCCAACACCUGAGUUAGAAUUGAAAUACUGAGAUGGAACUGGAGCUUCCAAGGGGAAGGAGAGACGGAUGAAAAUCCACAAGGAGCUGGGUUUGGGUGGGUUCCCAUCCCUUUUCCCAUCCCUUUUCCCACUGGCAGUGCCAGCCUGCCCAGCCUGGGAACAGGAGCUCUCAUUCCUCCCCAUCCCAAAUCUCCAGGCUGCAGAUUUCUCAGCAAUCAGGGAUAAAUAGGAUUCCCAUAAAAUCUGAGGAAGCCAAGCCCUGCUCUCUGUCACCUCCAGAGGGGACAAACCCCCCAAUUUCCCCCUGUCCUCCCCUCAGCCCUGCCAGCCACACGGUGAUUCCUUGAGAGAGAGGAGAGGGCGGCUGUGCCAAUGAAAGGACUCAGAUUUUCCACAUCGAGUCAGCCAGCUCUCUCAAGCAAGGAAAAUGUUUCCAGAGCCACUUUCAUCCUGGAAUCAGCAGCACAGGGAAUGCCUGCAAGGUGCUGAACGAUGGCCCAAGCCACACUGCUCUGUCCCCACAGGGAAAGGUGACUUGUGGUGACAAUCCUCAAGAGACACCACCCAGCACAGAGCAGAGCCCGUCCCUCCUUGAGGAUCUCCUCAGGAAUCACCCAAGGACUGUGUGGCACCUUCAGGUGAAGGGUGGCCCCAAAAAGGCUCCUCUGGAAGUUCAUAUUUAGGUCUGGGGUGCAGGACAAAGCCAAGAGCCAGCUGAGGGGACAAAGCUCAGAGUAGAAAAGCCACCGAGAGGGCAGGUGAUGAUCCAUGAGGAUCCUGGCAGUUGGUGACAGCUGUUGGGAGCUCGGGAAGGACAUCAGCCAGCUGGGAGUUCAGGGAUUACAGGAAGGACAUCAGCCAGCUGGGAAUUCAGGGAUUGCAGGAAGGACAUCAGCCAGCUGGGAAUUCAGGGAUUACAGGAAGGACAUCAGCCAGCUGGGAAUUCAGGGAUUGCAGGAGGGACAUCAGCCAGCUGGGAAUUCAGGGAUUACAGGAAGGACAUCAGCCAGCUCAGGGAUUACAGAAAGGACAUCAAACAGCUGGGAGUUCAGGGAUUACAGGAAGGACAUCAGCCAGCUGGGAAUUCAGGGAUUACAGGAAGGACAUCAGCCAGCUGGGAGUUCAGGGAUUACAGGAAGGACAUCACCCAGCUGGGAAUUCAGGGAUUACAGGAAGGACAUCAGCCAGCUGGGAGUUCAGGGAUUGCAGGAAGGACAUCACCCAGCUGGGAGUUCAGGGAUUACAGGAAGGACAUCAGCCAGCUGGGAAUUCAGGGAUUGCAGGAAGGACAUCACCCAGCUGGGAAUUCAGGGAUUACAGGAAGGACAUCAGCCAGCUGGGAGUUCAGGGAUUACAGGAAGGACAUCAGCCAGCUGGGAAUUCAGGGAUUACAGGAAGGACAUCACCCAGCUGGGAAUUCAGGGAUUACAGGAAGGACAUCAGCCAGCUGGGAGUUCAGGGAUUACAGGAAGGACAUCAGCCAGCUGGGAAUUCAGGGAUUACAGCAACACUGCCAGGGGUGCUGAGGUCCCUCUGAAUAACUCAGGGAGUUUGCUUUGCUCAGGGAGGGAAGGGAAGGUGUGGGAGGCUCAGCUCCAGCACGGUGCCACCACCCUGUCCCACCCCACACAGGUGCUGAGGGAAGGAACACCCUCCACAAACAAUUCCAAAGCACCUGCAGCUCUCCUCCAUCCCAACCCACGAGGAUUCUCCUGAAUCCACACGGCCACAAGCUCACACCAGGCACAGGAUGAGGGGUCUAGGGGUAAAAGGUGCAGGGGAACCUCAAGCAACACGGGUGGGGUGGGCAACCUUAUCAAUAUGAUAAUAAUGAAUUCACCUAGUGAAUCUGGGGAACGCCAGCCUGGAGGCAGAGCUGGGAAGUGCCUGGAGCACCCUGCUCUGGCUCCUCCCUAAGGCUGGGAACACACAACCUAAAGAGGUUCACAGUCUUGAGUUUUGCUUUUAAAAACAGCCCCCCCCACCCCACCCUGACCCUCAGCACUGUUUAAAAACUGGUGGCUGCUCCUGGGUGUCACCAUGAGCUUGGACACAACCUGAGGAAAAUUUCCUGGGCUGGAGCAGGGCUCUGCUCCCAUCCCCUUCUCACCAGCUGGGAUUUACCCCUGAUUCCAUGGAUUGAAGGGGGUCAGGGCAUCCUGGCAGGCUUCUCCCAGCAGCCCAAGCAUCACUCCAACCCGGUUUAGUGUCCUGACACCCAAAAUGUGCUUUAAAACCCCUGCCCUCUUCACCCUGCUCUUGCCAGGGCUGAAAGGGAGCGAAGCAGCUGCAUGGUGGUGCCAUGGUGAACCUCCUCAUCCUCAGAGAGCACAGCUCUGAGGGCUGGCUGCUGGGGAACGCUCUGGGAAGGGUCUGUCCCCAUCUGUCCCCUGACCCAGAGGGGUCAGGACAGCGCCAUGUCCCAUGGGAACAUUCCCAGCACAACGAGAGGAGCAGCUCCUGCCUCCCCGUUCCAUCCUUCCUGGGAGAGGUGAGGAGAGGAGGGAUGUGACACUGGAAAAAGUCAGGUCAGUCCUGUGGGAAGGGGAAUUCCACUCCCCUCAGCUUUAAACCAGAAACAAAAUCCAUGGAAUAGCUUUCAGAGCAAUGUCUCUCCUGUAGUGUGACGUCAGUGCCCGCACAGGUACCGUCGUAUGUUUGCAGCAGGAAAGAAAAAAAAAAAAAGAAAAAAAUACCCCAAAAAAACCUUUCCCCCCCCCCCAAAAAAAAAAACAGGGAAAAAUUGGAUCAGGGCUGCAGCUUGGGCUGGUCCUACCCUAUCUGGAUCUGCCCUGAGUACAUGGUGAGCAGCACCAUGAUGGUGAAGCCCGUGAGCAG